GCAGUCAGCUUUAUCGCAGAGGGGAUGGAGCGAGGGCAAGGAGGGAGUGGCAGAGCAAUCCGAAGGCAAGUACUGUCGCUCUUACUAUUGUCGGUUUCCUACCGGGCUGUCUCGGAACAGAUUCAUUAUUCAGUCCCCGAAGAGAUGUCAAAAGGUUCUAUAGUGGGGAAUCUUGCAAAGGAUCUAGGACUGAGUCUCAGAGAACUGGCAAGUCGCAAAAUGCAUGCCAUCUCUGUGGAUAAGGUGCAGUAUUUCAGAAUCAGUGCAGAAAAUGGAAACCUCUGUGUGAAUGACAGGAUAGACAGGGAAGAAAUAUGCAGUAGAAACCCACUAUGUGUUCUUAAUCUAAAAGUGGUUAUUGAAAACCCGUUAAAUAUUUACCAUCUAAAAAUAGAGAUACAAGACAUUAAUGAUAAUUCACCACAGUUUCUUAGUAGCUCUAUCCAGUUGGAGAUAAUUGAAACAACACAAAUAGGCACCAGGUUCCUUCUUGGGGAUGCCAAAGAUCCGGAUAUUGGCACAAACGCUUUACAGAAUUACCAUCUUAGCACCAAUCCUUACUUUACUUUGGAUGUGAAAGAGAGUCAAGAUGGAAAUAAAUUUGCAGAUUUAGUACUGCAAAAACCACUCGAUCGUGAGAGUGAACCAACCCUUCAGCUAACACUUACUGCGCUGGAUGGGGGGAAACCCAGAAAAACUGGCACAGCCCAAAUAUGGAUCAAUGUCACCGAUGCCAAUGAUAAUCCACCUAUAUUCACUCAAGAAAUCUACAGAGUCAGUCUGAGGGAAAACCUACCAGUUGGAUUCCUGGUGCUGCAACUUGUAGCUUCGGAUAAAGAUGAAGGUUCAAAUGCACAAAUCAGAUAUUAUUUCAGCAAUAUACCGCUGAGUGCAAAUAAGAAAUUCAGCCUAGAUUCAACCAGUGGAAUGAUUUCUCUUGUGGAACCAUUGGAUUUUGAGGAAAGUACAGAAUAUGUGAUGACUGUAGCAGCAAAAGAUGGAGGCGGAUCAAUGACCCAUUGUAAAGUAGAAAUAAAGGUCCUAGAUGAGAAUGAUAAUGUGCCAGAAAUUAUAUUUGCAUCUGUUUUUACUCCCAUUCGGGAAGAUUCUCAGUCUGGGACAGUUAUUGCUCUCAUCAAUGUACAUGACAGAGAUGCUGGUGAUAAUGGAAAGGUCUUUUGUUAUUUAGAAGAUGACUUGCCAUUCAAGAUUCUUCCAUCAUCUGACAACUAUUACACUCUCUUGACAGAUAAACCUCUAGACAGGGAAAAAGGAUCUAGGUAUAAUAUUACAAUCACAGCCACUGACAAGGGAACUCCUCCAUUAAGCACAAACAAAACCAUCUUGCUGCAGAUCUCUGAUAUCAAUGACAAUGCCCCCGCUUUUGAGAAAGCGUCCUACAGCAUCUACGUGCCAGAGAACAAUCCUUCUGGUGCCUCCAUCUUCCAGAUUCAAGCCUUUGAUCCGGAUGUGGAUCAAAACUCACACAUUACAUAUUCAAUCCUCACCAGCAACAUAGAAGAACUUCCCAUUUCCUCCUAUAUCUCCAUUCAUUCUGAGACCGGCACCAUCUAUGCCCAGCGGUCCUUUGACUAUGAGCAGUUCAGGGAAUUCCAGCUGCAGGUGAAGGCCCAAGAUGGCGGGAGUCCCUCUCUCAGCAGCAACGUCACAGUCAGGGUGUUUAUCCUGGAUUGGAAUGAUAACAGCCCUCAAAUCCUGUCCCCUUCACCAGACUCCAAGGACUCUGCCCUCUUUGAGAUGGUCCCUCGUUCAGCCGAGGCAGAUUAUCUGGUAACAAAAGUAGUGGCUGUGGAUGCUGAUUCUGGACACAACGCCUGGCUCUCCUACCAGCUGAUUCAAGCCACAGAACCAGCCCUCUUCACUAUUGGCUCCCAUACGGGUGAGAUCAGGACAGCAAGAACCUUUAUGGAGAGAGAUGCCAUGAAACAGAGACUGGUCCUUCUGGUGAAGGAUAAUGGACAGCCGCCCCUCUCGGCCUCUGUCACUCUGAAUCUGGUGUUUGCUGAGAACUUCCAGGAGGCCCUUCCGGAGAUGAAAAACCAGAUGAACAGCUCAGAGGAUCAGUCGGACCUGCAGUUCUAUUUGGUGGUGGCCUUAGCUGUGAUGUCAUUUUUAUUCCUCUUGUCAGUGAUUCUGGCCAUUGCCAUCAAACUCCGGCAGUCAGGAAAGUUCAGUUUCUUACCAUGUUUUGCUCCCAUUUCCCAUUCCACAGCUGGGGUCAUAUUUCCACCUAAUUUUCAAGAUGGGACUCUGCCUUAUUCCUACCAGCUUUGCCUCUCCUCAGAAUCCAGGAAGAAUGAAUUUACCUUCCUGGCACCAAACAUUCAUAUUGCAGAGAAUAUGCUUUGUGGUGAAAAAACUGAGGUCCCUCUUUCAAGCGAUGGAGAAAGCAGUUUGCAUCCUCAAGUGGAAAAUAACGGAAAGAGAAAUCAAAAUUCUCUAACAAAACCUCCUUCCAUCAGCAAGGGCAUUACUCCUCAGCUUACUGGAUCGCACAAAGCACUUUUCACCGCAGGUGGGAUGGACGGCAGGAGCAAAGCAAAGAGCAGCUCUGUAAAAAGGCAAGUACGUCUCCUCUUCUUAUUGUCUUUCGUCUGCCAGACUGCCUCGGAGCACGUUCGCUAUUCAAUUCCAGAGGAAAUGGGAAAGGGUUCCGUUGUGGGGAAUCUUGCCAAGGAUCUGAAGCUGAGUCCUGCAGAAGUGGGAAAUCGCAACCUGCAUAUCCUUUCUUUAGGCAAAAAGCAAUACUUCUCCAUUAAUGCUGAAAAUGGGAAUCUGUAUGUAAAAGACAGGAUUGACCGAGAGGAAAUCUGUGGGGAAACUGCAGUCUGCCCCAUCAGUUUUGAAGUGGUGAGUGCAAACCCCAUGGACAUAUUUUAUAUAACAGUAGAGAUCCAGGAUAUCAAUGAUAAUGCACCACAUUUCUUAAAUGGUGAUAUCAAGUUAGAGAUAAGUGAAUCCUCUUUACCAGGAGCCACAUUUCUUCUUGGACAAGCAGAAGAUCCUGAUAUUGGAACAAAUUCUCUCCAGGACUAUCAUUUAAGAAAUAACCAAUAUUUUAUUCUGGAUAUUAGUAAACGUGAUUCAGCAAACAAAUAUGUAGAAUUGGUGCUGGAAAAACAGUUGGAUCGUGAAAGUGAAAGCACUGUUAGUUUAACCCUUAGUGCUCUUGAUGGAGGAACCCCUGCAAAAACUGGAACAGCCAAAAUACAGAUUACAGUCAAAGAUGCUAAUGACAACCCACCUGUCUUCAGUCAAAAAGUGUACAAAAUCAGCCUCAAAGAGAAUGCGUCAAAGGGAUCUACUGUAAUACAGGUCAAAGCCACAGACAAAGAUGAGGGUUCCAAUGGUCAGAUCACCUAUUCCUUCAGCAAUAUUGCUGAUAAUGUGCAUCGAAAAUUUGACUUGGAUUCAGAACAGGGAUUUAUAUCAAUUCACGAAGAGCUAGAUUUUGAGGAAACAGAGAAGCAUACCAUAGCAGUAGAAGCAAGGGAUGGAGGUGGAUUAGUAGCACACUGUAACGUUGAAAUAACGCUAUUAGAUGUAAAUGACAAUGCCCCAGAAGUGAUUCUCGCCUCCUCAUCCAGAGAAAUUCCUGAAAACUCUCCAAUAGGAACAUUGGUAGCUCUCAUCAAUACAAAUGAUAGAGAUUCGGGGGAUAAUGGGGAGGUCAAUUGCCAUUUAGAGACUGCUUCCCCAUUCAAAAUAGUAUCAGCAGCUAAUAACUAUUAUAAGCUGCUGACAAAUGGUCUCCUAGACAGAGAAAGCACCCCAGGGUACAAUCUUACAAUCACAGCCACAGACAAUGGUACGCCCCCUCUUUCUACACAGAAAACCAUCUCACUGGAGAUUUCGGAUAUCAACGAUAAUGCCCCUGCCUUUGAGAAAUCUUCAUAUAGUGUCUAUGUGGCAGAGAACAAUCCUGCUAGCUCCUCCAUCUUCAGCAUCAAAGCUGUAGACCCCGAUCUUGGUCGCAACGCUAGGAUCACCUUCUCCAUCCUCACUAGCAAAAUAGAGGCGCUACCUCUCCCGUCUUACCUCUCCAUUAACUCAGAAAGUGGCACCCUCUAUUCUCAGAGGUCUUUUGACUAUGAGCAACUCAGAGAGUUUGAGGUACAGGUGAAGGCUGAAGAUGGCGGCUCCCCUCCUCUCAGCAGCAAUGCCACACUGAAGGUGUUCAUCCUGGACCAAAAUGACCAAAGCCCUCAAAUUCUGUAUCCUUCUCCAGGAGCAGAGGGCUUGGCCUCCUUUGAGAUGGUGCCUCGCUCGGCAGAGAUGGGGUACCUGGUUACAAAGGUGGUGGCUGUGGACGCCGACUCUGGGCACAAUGCCUGGCUCUCCUAUCAUCUACUGCAAGCCACUGAGCCGGGGCUCUUCACCAUUGGUGCCCACACUGGUGAAAUCAGGACACUGCGGACGUUUCUGGAAAGGGAUGCCCUGAAGCAGAAGCUGGUGGUCUUAGUGAAGGAUAAUGGGCAGCCCCCUCUGUCUGCUACAGUCAGUCUCAAUCUGAUUUUUGCUGAAAACUUCCAAGAGGCACUGCCAGAAAUAAAUAACCAAACCACCGAUUCAGAGCAACAGCCUGAGCUCCAGUUCUACCUCGUGCUGGCCUUAACUUUGAUCUCCUUUUUGUUCCUCUUGACUGUAACUCUAGUCAUUAUGAUGAAACUCCGACAGUCGGGGAAUCUGAAGUUUCUUCCAUGCUUUGCUCCCAUUCCCCAUUCAAGCAAUGCCAUUAUAUUCCCACCAAAUUAUGAGGAAGGAACUAUUCCUUACUCCUAUCAGCUCUGCUUAUCCUCUGAGUCCAAGAUACAUGAAAUUACUUUUCCAACUCCCAAAGUUCAAACUGCUGAAUAUAUUUCAUGCAACCAAAAUUCUGAUGUUCUUCUGCCUACUAAUGGAGCCAAUGUCCUAAUUUCUGAGAUGGAUAAAACUAAUUUGGGUGUCGCUGUUAGCCAACGGGGACGCCGAAGAGAAUGGAGAAGAGCUGCUGAACAGAUGCUUCCCAAAGGAGGAUUCCGGCAUUUCGUUAAAGAUUUUGAGGCAAUCAACAUUAUCGCAGAGGGGAUGGAGCGAGGGCAAGGAGGGAGUGGCAGAGCAAUCCGAAGGCAAGUACUGUCGCUCUUACUAUUGUCGGUUUCCUACCGGGCUGUCUCGGAACAGAUUCAUUAUUCAGUUCCCGAAGAGAUGUCAAAAGGUUCUAUAGUGGGGAAUCUUGCAAAGGAUCUAGGACUGAGUCUCAGAGAACUGGCAAGUCGCAAAAUGCAAGCCAUCUCUCUGGAUGAGGUGCAGUAUUUCAGAAUCAGUGCAGAAAAUGGAAACCUCUGUGUGAAUGAAAGAAUAGAUAGGGAAGAAAUAUGUGGCAGAACCCCACUAUGUGUUCUUAAUCUAAAAGUGGUUAUUGAAAACCCGUUAAAUAUUUACCAUCUAAAAAUAGAGAUACAAGACAUUAAUGAUAAUUCACCACAGUUUCUCAGUAGCUCUAUCCAAUUGGAGAUAAUUGAAACAACACAAAUAGGCACCAGGUUCCUUCUUGGGGAUGCCAAAGAUCCGGAUAUUGGCACAAACACUUUACAGAAUUACCAUCUUAGCACCAAUCCUUACUUUACUUUGGAUGUGAAAGAGAGUCAAGAUGGAAAUAAAUUUUCAGAUUUAGUACUGCAAAAACCACUCGAUCGCGAGAGUGAACCAACCCUUCAGCUAACACUUACUGCACUGGAUGGGGGAAAACCCAGAAAAACUGGCACAGCCCAAAUAUGGAUCAAUGUCACCGAUGCCAAUGAUAAUCCACCUAUAUUCACCCAAGAAAUCUACAGAGUCAGUCUGAGUGAAAACCUACCAGUUGGAUUUCUGGUGGUGCAACUUGUAGCUUCGGAUAAAGAUGAAGGUUCAAAUGCACAAAUCAGAUAUUAUUUCAGCAAUAUACCACUGAGUGCAAAUAAGAAAUUCAACCUAGAUUCAACCAGUGGAAUGAUUUAUCUUGUGGAACCAUUGGAUUUUGAGGAAGCCAGAGAAUAUGUGAUGACUGUAGCAGCAAAAGAUGGAGGUGGAUCAAUGACCCAUUGUAAAGUAGAAGUAAAAAUCCUUGAUGAAAAUGAUAAUGUGCCGGAAAUGAUGUUUGCAUCCAUUUUUAAUUCAAUUCUGGAAGAUUCUCAGACUGGAACAGUUAUUGCUCUAAUUAAAACCAAUGACAAAGACAUGGAUGAUAAUGGAAAGGUCAUUUGUUAUUUAGAAGAUGACUUACCAUUCAAGAUUCUUCCAUCAUCUGACAACUACUACACUCUCUUGACAGACAGACUUUUGGACCGAGAAAAAGCAUCUCAGUAUAAUAUUACAAUCACAGCCACUGACAAGGGAACUCCUCCAUUAAGCACAAACAAAACCAUCUUGCUGCAGAUCUCUGAUAUCAAUGACAAUGCCCCCGCUUUUGAGAAAGCAUCCUAUAGCAUUUACGUGCCAGAGAACAAUCCUUCUGGUGCCUCCAUUUUCCAGAUUCAAGCCUUUGAUCCGGAUGUGGAUCAAAACUCACACAUCACAUAUUCAAUCCUCACCAGCAACAUUGAAGAACUUCCCAUUUCCUCCUAUAUCUCCAUUCAUUCUGAGACCGGCACCAUCUAUGCCCAGCGAUCCUUUGACUAUGAGCAGUUCAGGGAAUUUCAGCUGCAGGUGAAGGCCCAAGAUGGCGGGAGUCCCUCUCUCAGCAACAACGUCACAGUCAGGGUGUUUAUUCUGGAUCGGAAUGAUAACAGCCCUCAAAUCCUGUCCCCUUCACCAGACUCCAAGGACUCUGCCCUCUUUGAGAUGGUCCCUCGUUCAGCCAAGGCAGAUUAUCUGGUAACAAAAGUGGUGGCCGUGGAUGCUGAUUCCGGACACAACGCCUGGCUCUCCUACCAACUGAUUCAAGCCACAGAACCGGCCUUCUUCACUGUUGGCUCCCAUACAGGUGAGAUCAGGACAGCAAGAACCUUUAUGGAAAGAGAUGCCGUGAAACAGAGACUGGUCCUUCUGGUGAAGGAUAAUGGACGGCCACCCCUCUCGGCCUCUGUCACUCUGAACCUGGUCUUUGCUGAGAACUUCCAGGAGGCCCUUCCGGAGAUGAAAAACCAGAUGAACAGCUCAGAGGAUCAGUCGGACCUGCAGUUCUAUUUGGUGGUGGCCUUAGCUUUGAUGUCAUUUUUAUUCCUCUUGUCAGUGAUUCUGGCCAUUGCCAUCAAACUCCGGCAGUCAGGAAAUUCUAAUUUCUUACCAUGUUUUGCUCCAGUUUCCCAUUCCACAGCUGGGGUCAUAUUUCCACCCAAUUUUCAAGAUGGGACUCUGCCUUAUUCCUACCAGCUUUGCCUCUCCUCAGAAUCCAGAAAGAAUGAAUUUACCUUCCUGGCACCAAACAUUCAUAUUGCAGAGAAUAUGCUUUGUGGUGAAAAAAUUGAAGUCCCUCUUUCAAGUGAUGGAGAAAGCAGUUUGCAUCCUGAAGUAGGAAAUAAUGGAAAGUUCCACUUUAAGAACAAAAUGCCAUUCAAGAGAAUAGUUUCCGGUUUCAGAACAAUCUUCUCCCUGAAAAGUGUCCAUAAUCUGGCACUAUCAACACACAAUAGUCACUCUCUUACUGGAUCGCACAAAGCACUUUUCACCGCAGGUGGGAUGGACGGCAGGAGCAAAGCAAAGAGCAGCUCUGUAAAAAGGCAAGUACGUCUCCUCUUCUUAUUGUCUUUCGUCUGCCAGACUGCCUCGGAGCACGUUCGCUAUUCAAUUCCAGAGGAAAUGGGAAAGGGUUCCGUCGUGGGGAAUCUUGCCAAGGAUCUGAAGCUGAGUCCUGCAGAAGUGGGAAAUCGCAACCUGCAUAUCCUCUCUUUGGGCAAAAAGCAAUACUUCUCCAUUAAUGCUGAAAAUGGGAAUCUGUAUGUAAAAGACAGGAUUGACCGAGAGGAAAUCUGUGGGGAAACUGCAGUCUGCCCCAUCAGUUUUGAAGUGGUGAGUGCAAACCCCAUGGACAUAUUUUAUAUAACAGUAGAGAUCCAGGAUAUCAAUGAUAAUGCACCACAUUUCUUAAAUGGUGAUAUCAAGUUAGAGAUAAUUGAAUCCUCUUUACCAGGAGCCACAUUUCUUCUUGAACAAGCAGAAGAUCCUGAUAUUGGAACAAAUUCCCUCCAGGACUAUCAUCUAAGCAUUAAUGAGAAUUUCAUACUUGAAUUUAGACAGGUGGAAAAUCGAAAACAAUAUCCAAAAUUAGUGCUAAAGAAACAGUUAGAUCGUGAAAGUGAAAGCAGUAUUAAUUUAACACUUACAUCUGUUGAUGGUGGUAAUCCAACAAAAACUGGAACAGUCAAAAUAUGGAUUAGGGUCAUUGAUGCCAAUGACAACCCACCCAUCUUCAGUCAAGAAUUCUAUAUGGCCAGCCUCAAAGAGAAUGCUCCAAAGGGAUCUACUGUAAUACAAGUCAAAGCCAUGGACAAGGAUGAAGGUUCCUAUGGCCAAAUCAACUAUUUCUAUAGAAAUAUUGCUGAUUAUGCUCAUCGGAAAUUUGACUUGGAUUCAGAACAGGGAUUUAUAUCAAUUCAUGAAGAGCUAGAUUUUGAGGAAACAGAGAAGUAUACCAUAGCAGUAGAAGCAAGGGAUGGAGGUGGAUUAGUAUCACACUGUAACGUUGAAAUAACGCUAUUAGAUGUAAAUGACAAUGCCCCAGAAGUGAUUCUCGCCUCCUCAUCCAGAGAAAUUCCUGAAAACUCUCCAAUAGGAACAUUGGUAGCCCUCAUCAAUACAAAUGAUAGAGAUUCGGGGGAUAAUGGGGAGGUCAAUUGCCAUUUAGAGAAUGCUUCCCCAUUCAAAAUAGUAUCAGCAGCUAAUAACUAUUAUAAGCUGCUGACAAAUGGUCUCCUAGACAGAGAAAGCAUCCCAGGGUACAAUCUUACAAUCACAGCCACAGACAACGGUACGCCCCCUCUUUCUACACAGAAAACCAUCUCACUGGAGAUUUCAGAUAUCAACGAUAAUGCCCCUGCCUUUGAGAAAUCCUCAUAUGCUGUCUACGUGGCAGAGAACAAUCCUGCUAGCUCCUCCAUCUUCAGGAUCAAAGCUGUAGACCCUGAUCUUGGUCGCAACGCUAGGAUCACCUUCUCUAUCCUCACUAGCAAAAUAGAGGCGCUACCUCUCCCGUCUUACCUCUCCAUUAACUCAGAAAGUGGCACCCUCUAUUCUCAGAGGUCUUUUGACUAUGAGCAACUCAGAGAGUUUGAGGUACAGGUGAAGGCUGAAGAUGGCGGCUCCCCUCCUCUCAGCAGCAAUGCCACACUGAAGGUGUUCAUCCUGGACCAAAAUGACCAAAGCCCCCAAAUUCUGUAUCCUUCUCCAGGAGCAGAGGGCUCGGCCUCCUUUGAGAUGGUGCCUCGCUCGGCAGAGAUGGGGUACCUAGUUACAAAGGUGGUGGCUGUGGACGCCGACUCUGGGCACAAUGCCUGGCUCUCCUAUCAUCUACUGCAAGCCACUGAGCCGGGGCUCUUCACCAUUGGUGCCCACACUGGUGAAAUCAGGACACUGCGGACGUUUCUGGAAAGGGAUGCCCUGAAGCAGAAGCUGGUGGUCUUAGUGAAGGAUAAUGGGCAGCCCCCUCUGUCUGCUACAGUCAGUCUCAAUCUGAUUUUUGCUGAAAACUUCCAAGAGGCACUGCCAGAAAUAAAUAACCAAACCACCGAUUUAGAGCAACAGCCUGAGCUCCAGUUCUACCUCGUGCUGGCCUUAACUUUGAUCUCCUUUUUGUUCCUCUUGACUGUAACUCUAGUCAUUAUGAUGAAACUCCGACAGUCGGGGAAUCUGAAGUUUCUUCCAUGCUUUGCUCCCAUUCCCCAUUCAAGCAAUGCCAUUAUAUUCCCACCAAAUUAUGAGGAAGGAACUAUUCCUUAUUCCUAUCAGCUCUGCUUAUCCUCUGAAUCCAAGAUACAUGAAAUUACUUUUCCAACUCCCAAAGUUCAAACUGAUGAAUAUAUUUCAUGCAACCAAAAAUAUGAUGUGCUUUUGGCAAGCAAUGCAAGCAAUAUCCCAAAUUCUGAGAUGGAACAAACUAAUUUGCAAACACAACCUAACACAGACUGGCGUUUUUCUCAGGCUCAAAGACCAGGAACUAGUGGAUCUCAGAAUGGAGAUGAAAAUGGAACUUGGCCAAACAAUCAGUUUGAUACUGAAAUGCUUCAGGCUAUGAUUUUAGCAUCAGCAAAUGAAGCUGCCGCCGCCGCUGCAGCUAACCCAGAUGGAAAUUCUACUCUGGGAGGAGGAGCAACAGCAGGCACCAUGGGGCUCAGCGCCAGGUAUGGCCCCCAAUUCACCCUUCAGCAUGUUCCUGAUUAUAGACAGAACGUGUAUAUCCCUGGGAGCACUGCUACCCUCUCCAAUUCUGCUGGCAAACGUGAUGGAAAACCGGCAGCCUCUGGAGGGGGAAAUAAGAAGAAGUCAGGAAAGAAAGAGAAGAAGUAGGAUCCACGGGAUAACACAGCCACUUCCACGUAAAUCUAAAGGGCAAACUCUUCCAGCACUCCCCCAGUUCAUAGCCUAGGAUGGAAGAUGAAUGUGAAUUUGUGGUUAAACUUUUUUUAAAAUAUGGAACAUUGUGAAUGUACAUUGUUGUUGUCAUCUAAGAUUAUGAGUAGAUGUACUGCUGUUAUUCAUGAAGAAAAAUAUCUGAAUAAUAACAAAUACAGUGUAUACUCUUUCGAGGACAAUCUAAUAUGCAAGGGUGUCAGAUCUUAGAAACAUUUUCUUUCCUGAACGAUCUGCAUCACCAACAAAAUUUAAGAUGGGCUCUGCUCAUUGUAAAUACUUAUUCUGAACAGAGUUUUUUAUUUAUAUAAGUUCCUUCAUUUUUACAAAAAUUCUCACUUUUCCAAAUUUUGAUAGAAGUUCUUGGGGGGGGAGGGUUAAACAUCAUUUCAGCUGGAAUCCUUGUUAUGAUAUUGAUAGGGAGUGCUUUAAUUCCUGCUUUGUUUUAAAAGAAAUGUGUAUCCUGUAUUAUUAUAAGAGAAUGAGAUUCAGCUACAUUUAUCUUUUUUACAAGUUUAACCAAUGAUGGCCAGAAAAAAAUUAAACUGAUAUUGUAAUUUCUGAGAAGCAAGGAGUGCAUUUCAAUGGGAAAACUUCCAUGCACAAAAUAUGUCGUAGAUAUUAGCAAGACAGAGAACACUGCCACUCAUGACUGAUUUACAGUGAUCUCUAAAGAGGCAACACAUCUCAUCUACAUCAAUAUGUACAGUAAAUGUUUUGUAGAAAAAUUUGAAGAAAAAAGUCACUCACUUGUGAGCAUAGUGAGCUACUGCUCACAUCUUUGCUUGACUCCUGAGGGAGAUGUCUUUGUUAACUGGAUGAACACUGCUGAUCUUAUAGGUAGACCAUUAAAAAUAGAAUGCUUCACAUUUUUCUGCACAUCAAACUGCAUGCAAAUCACUUCACAUUUACAUGACAGCUGACUUCACACCCAAGUUUGAAUUGGAAAAUUUAUUGCAUGACAUGAACAGCAUGUUAAUAUGCUCUCAAGUGCCCACAUCAGCACUGUCUAUGAGUAACACUAUCACUAACAAGAUGCAUUGCCCUUCCUCAGAGAUUGGGAAGCUUGUGUAUUUCAUUUCUCUGUGCAGUAUAGCUAAAAAAUAAUGUUGGUUUGCUGGCCUUCACAAUUUUAUAUUAAGUAGACAGUGGCUGAUUUGGGAAAGCUAAGGGACCAAGCCCAAUGAAGGUAUACUGGAAUUAGAACUGGACAAAUUGCAAAGCCAAUCACUUUAUUCCUGAACUUGUUAUAAAUAUUAAACAAAUGACAUUGUAUUGAUACAAUCAGGCAAUUUGAGACCCCUCCCACUACCUCUUCUUGGAUAUGAAUAGAAAUUAAAAUAAUAAAAAUACAAUUUGUGUUACUGUGUUUUGAAAUUGCUAGACUCAUUCUUUUUUACUGGAUCAUUUCGUAACCUAGUAUGGACAAGAAGUGAAGUUUCCUAACUCUGACCCAUAAUGUAAUGGCAUUCUGAGUCAGGUAGGAAAUUGUAAUGUUACUUGGCAACAUUGGUUGCCUUUCUAGAUAUAUUGUAGGUUUCCUGUAAUAUCUUAUGAUUUUCUUUGUUGCAACAAAAGAGCCAUAAAGAAUCAGAGGAGCAUAUUUCCAACAUGGAGAGCGAACCACUAGUCCAGUGGUUCUCAAUCUUUCUAAUGCUGCGACCCCAUAAUACAGUUCCCCAUGUUGUGGUGACCCCCCAACCACUUAUACAUCACUGGGUGCCAGGGGCGUGGCCAAAGAAAAGGGGGGAAAAAUGGCGGACAGCCUUGUUUGGCGACCCCCGUGAAAUGGUCGUUCGACCCCAAAUGGGGUCCCGACCCACAGGUUGAGAAACACUGCACUAGUCCAAGAUUUUAUUUUACACUGUAAUAGAUUGCUUGAAAUAGUCAAAACAGGUCAGUCCAAACAUAUGACAAGUUUCCGAAGUUGCCUCCCAAACUGAUUGGCCAUGUUGUUGUCACUGCUAAAGUAUUUUAUACACUAUUUGAUGCUUUCCCUGUGUCUAGAAAGUAGGACUUGUCUACAAAAAGUUUCUGUCUACAUAUGGGUUUUGUAGUAAUCCCAAAUGCUUCUCCAUCAACUUUUUCUUUGGUGACUGCACUAGAAACAGUUUACAUAGUUAGUGAAAUAGACAACAAACUAGUGGGAUGUUCUGUAGCAUGAGCCACAUUUAAAUAAAUGAGAGCGCAAUAGUCCUGUCACAUGGCUCCCAUUUAUCUCAAUGCAGUUUGUGCAGGUACACCUCUGCUGGAUUGUGCCUAAAGCUUCUUAUGUAAUCAAGUAGUUAACAUGUGACUUUUCCCAAAGUACUAUAGAUGAUCUUAGUUAAUCUUGUUUUUCAUCUACACCUGAAAAUAGUGUAGUAGUGCCUAGUGAUGUGUGUUUUUUAUUUGUUUAAUCUUAGUAAUUGAGUUGUGGACAUCAGUAUUUUAUAUUCUUUUGAAUCUUCUUCAUGUGUGUUCAUUGUGCUUUUAACUGUAUGUGAAUUGAAACACACUUACUUGUCCCUCCAAUGUGUCUAAUAUUGAGCUAUACUUAUAUAUUAUAUAUAUGCUUAUAUCCUUCUUAUAUCCAUGUAACUGAUAUUGAUGUGUUAACACGCAAGUUUUAUACUCUAAUAUUUAUAUUGCUUUUUUCUUUGAGAAAAAUAAAAUCUUUUCUUCUGA